AUGGGCUUUAAAACUAAUUUCACGUGGAAUUUCUACGUAGCCGCGGUACCGUACCCUAUUUCAGGUGCGGAUUUUUUAUCUCAUUUUGGGUUUACCGUAAAUGUCCGUCAACGAAAACUAGCGUAUAGAGGUGGCGAAUCGACAGUUCAAGGCCGGGUAGAAAGCGCUUCUUUGUCUGGUGUCGGUGUAAUAGAUAAAUCAACCCCUUGGUCAAAGAUUGUUUCAGAAUUUCCUGAAAUUACGUCAGACACGAAAUCUAACAUUCAGGUUAAAAAUGUUGCGCAUUAUAUCACUACCACCGGUCCCCAGGUAUCAGAACGCUCGCGAAGACUAGCCCCAGAUAAAUUACAGAUUGCAAAAAGAAAAUUCGAGAAGAUGCAGGAAGACGGUAUUUGCCAACCAUCGGACGGCGAAUGGGCGUCCCCCCUUCAUAUGGAUUUAAAAAAAGAUGGUGAUUGGCGUUGUUGCGGAGAUUAUCGCAGAUGA